AUGAUCACAUUAAUGGAAAUACCAGCAUCUUGGAUCUUUAGAUGGUUGGACUUAGCUAUUAAGCAACAUCUUGACAAACUAAUUGAAGCUGGAUUCUUUUAUAUUGGUAAUGGAGACGGUAGGAAUUUUGUGGAUGAUAUUUGCUGGAUUAGAGAUGUAAAAAUUACUGCAAAUAUUGCGACUAACAUUAAACCUCCAUCAAAUUUUCUGAAAGCAGCAGCAGUAGAACACCAUGUGACUCUGAGAGUUUCUGACAAUGCUCGCCUGUGUAAAAUCUGCAUUCAGGAAGAAAUGGAAGUACUAUUCCUUCCAUGCAGACGCAGUGGUGCUUGUGUUAAAUGUGUAUCUCCCCUUUCCUUGUGUGAUGUGUGUCAGAGACCUGUUUCAAUUGCAAUAACGCAUUUUUGA